AUGCCGCGCUCCCCGCCACCGCCUAGAAACCACUCGUUAGUCGCGCGCUCGCGGUUCUACUUGUCGCACGGCGUCGCGAGCUUCAGCCCGUCGCAGCGAUUCAGCCUGCGAGCAGCCAGCGUCGUCGUCGCGCUGCUCGCGCUGCUCGCGCUCGCCUCGCCGCUCCCAUGCGCCGCGCGGCGACCGCUCGGCUUUAAAGUGCACCUGCCGCCGAUUGGCGUGGAGAAGAGCAAAGGGGGCGGAAACAAGGGUGGGGGGAACAAAGGGGGAGGAAACAACGGCGGGGGGAACAACGGCGGGGGGAACAAGGGGGGCGGAAAUGGUGGGGGGAACAAGGGGGGAAAUAAAGGCGGCCCUGUGAAGGGCAUCGGGCUUCAACCCUUGUCGUGUUACUUCGCCACCAAGGCGUGCGACUUUGUGUUCAACCGGUCAGCGUCGCUGACGCCCAUCUUGCCGCUCGUCGCCAUGCGCCCCGACCAGCCCAUCUCCGCCGCCAUCCUCCACAAGGCGGGCAGUCGCCCCGUGGUGUCGGCAUCCCUGCAGACCUGCCGCGCCCUCAACACGCUUGCUCUGCGCCUGCCGUCGUGUCCCACCUUCUCCUUGCUCUCCCCAUCUGCCUCCAGCACUGGCGUACGCAUCGCCGGCAAGGCCCUCUCGCUGCUGCAGCUCGCUCAAUACAGCGGGGCAUGCUUCACACUCGAGUUCGCUCAGAUGAUGGUCAAAGUCGGCAGUGGCCCGCGUGGCAUGACGCGAUUGGUCCGUGGCGAUGGCAAUGCGGAGUUCCCUGAGAAUCGGCGCUGUAUUGUCUUCCGCGCUCUCUGA